AUGGUUCGUACCAAGCAAACCGCUCGUAAAUCUACUGGUGGCAAGGCCCCACGAAAGCAGUUGGCUAUCAAGGCUGCUAGCAAAUCAGCACCGGCUACCGGUGGUGUAAAGAAGCCCAUCGCUACGUCCAGGAAAAGCCGCUCUUCGUGA